UCCAACUUCCCCUGUCUCCCUUCCUUCUCUCCAGUCCCAGCCAUGGCUUCCGUGGCCUCCUCCUCCUUCCUCUUCCUCCUUCUCUUGCUUGGUCUCUCCUCAAUUAUGGCCAAGAAGACUUACAUUGUUCACAUGAAACACCAUGACAAGCCUUCCGUCUACCCUACUGCCCGUGACUGGUACUCUGCCAAUCUCCAGUCUCUUUCCUCUUCCUCUGAUUCCGAUUCUCUGCUUUAUUCUUACACUUCUGCUUACAAUGGCUUCGCUGCUUCCCUCGACGCUUCUCAAGUCGACGCUCUCCGUAGAUCCGAUUCCGUUCUCGGGGUAUACGAAGACACCGUCUACACACUUCACACCACUCGGACCCCGGAGUUCCUGGGUCUCGAAACCCAGUCCGGGACGUCGCAAGGCCAUAACACUCUGGCACUUGAACAAGCUUCCCACGAUGUCAUCAUCGGCAUUCUCGACACUGGUGUAUGGCCCGAAUCUAAGAGCUUCGACGAUACGGGAAUGCCCGAGAUCCCAUCGCGGUGGCGCGGAGAGUGUGAGUCCGGUCCUGAUUUCAACCAAUCGCUCUGCAACAAGAAGCUCAUUGGGGCUCGUAGCUUCUCCAGAGGCUUCCACAUGGCUUCCGGUGGCAGUUACAUGCGGAAAGAACAAGAAGCAGUGUCGCCCCGUGACCGAGACGGACAUGGUACUCACACCGCAAGUACAGCCGCGGGGUCCCCCGUCCCUAAUGCCAGCCUACUCGGUUAUGCCCGUGGAACUGCCCGUGGGAUGGCCCCACAAGCGCGUGUCGCUGCGUACAAGGUUUGCUGGAGUACUGGGUGCUUUGCGUCCGACAUACUCGCGGGCAUGGAUCGGGCCAUCCAGGAUGGAGUGGAUGUUCUCUCACUCUCCCUCGGCGGCGGUUCCGCCCCUUAUUACCGCGACACUAUCGCCAUCGGAGCCUUCGCAGCCAUGGAGAGAGGCAUCUUCGUCUCGUGCUCGGCAGGGAAUAGCGGACCCAGCAAGGCUUCGGUGGCGAAUGUGGCUCCAUGGAUCAUGACCGUCGGUGCCGGAACUCUGGACCGAGAUUUCCCGGCUUACGUUUCUCUGGGGAGCAAUAAACGCUUCAAUGGCGUUUCACUCUACAGUGGAAAAGGAAUGGGUGACCGACCCGUGAGCUUGGUUUACAACAGAGGGUCGAAUAGCUCGACCAGCAUGUGCAUGCCCGGUUCUCUCGACCCCUCUGUGGUUCGUGGGAAAGUGGUGAUUUGUGACAGGGGGAUCAAUGCGCGCGUGGAGAAGGGAGAGGUGGUGCGUGACGCCGGAGGCGUUGGUAUGAUCCUGGCAAACACUGCGGCGAGCGGCGAGGAACUGGUGGCGGACAGUCACCUGCUACCGGCACUGGAGGUGGGGAGAAAGGUGGGUGAUGAGAUCAGGGAGUAUGUACGGACGGAUCCAAACCCAACGGCUAUUUUGAGCUUCGGUGGGACCGUGUUGAAUGUGACGCCGUCGCCUGUGGUGGCAGCGUUCAGUUCCCGAGGGCCCAAUCUAGUGACCCCCCAGAUAUUGAAGCCCGAUGUGAUUGGGCCUGGUGUUAACAUCUUAGCGGGUUGGUCCGAAGCUAUUGGGCCCUCUGGAUUGUCUCAGGACAGUCGUAAAACCAACUUCAACAUCAUGUCAGGGACGUCCAUGUCUUGCCCACACAUCAGUGGAUUGGCCGGAUUGCUGAAAGCCGCUCAUCCAGAUUGGAGCCCGAGUGCAAUCAAAUCGGCGCUAAUGACCACCGCCCAUACGCGUGACAACACCAAUUCCCCUCUCAGAGAUGCCGCCGACGGAGGCUUCUCCACCCCAAUGGCUCACGGCGCCGGCCACGUCAACCCUCAGAAAGCCAUCUCUCCCGGACUGGUCUAUGACGCCUCCGCCUCCGACUACAUUGCAUUCUUGUGUUCCCUACGGUACAGCCCCCAACAAAUCCAACUCAUCGCCAAGCGCCCCAACGUCACCUGUUCCAGGAAAUUUUCCGACCCCGGUCAGCUCAAUUACCCAUCUUUCUCCGUUGUGUUUGGGAGCAAGAGGGCGGUUCGCUACACACGCACUUUGACCAACGUUGGAGAAGCCGGCUCUGUGUAUGAUGUGGCCGCGACCGGACCGUCCUCGUUAGUUGGAAUGACGGUGAAACCCACGAAGUUGGUGUUUAAGAAGGUAGGGGAAAGGCAAAGGUACACGGUGACUUUUGUAUCAAAGAAGGGUGCUGAUAGUUCGAUUAGGUCCGAGUUUGGAAGCAUUGUGUGGAGCAACGACAAGUACCAAGUUGCGAGCCCUGUUGCUUUUGCUUGGACAGAGUUAGAUUAGUGAGUUAUGUUUGUGGCUCUUAGAUUACCACCAUGUCGAGCCUAACAGAGGUUUCCCUUACCAGAAAACACGCAUAAAACGGAGCUUCCAGAAGAUAUAAGCAGGACAAGUGGGGAUGGUGUGGAUUUUAAAAAAAAAACAAAAACAAAAAAGGUUGAUUUGGAAAGGAUGAAACAGAAAAAGAGGCUGCUUUUCUGUGUGGUGUGUCUCAGUUAAACGAAUGUAACAAAUAGAGGUGACUCUUACAAUAUGUAACUUGGCGGGAUGCAGCUUGAUGCCGUGUAGCAGAUAUCCUUCUCAAGGAUUUAAUUAAUUAAAUCUCUCCCUGUUUCAGAUUC